AUGUCGAGCGGGCCUCUCUUAGACGAUGCACGCCUCUCACGUGAUGUGGGUCUCCGCGUUGUGUCGCUCGUCGUACCUGUGACCGUAACCAUGUUGGCCGUGGUAUGGAGCUUCUCGUACCUCUCGCCCAUCUACGUGAACAACCAGGUGCCACCUCUGCAAGUGGUGGUAAACGAAAAUAACGCUGACAAUGUUCGCGAGAAGUUUGUGUACUCCCUGCUGGCGGCCCUGACUGUCGUUGGGUGCGUCAUGGCUGCAACGUUUGCGAUUGUGGCCCUCUAUCAUUUCCACCUCCAGUUUGUCUUGUAUGGCUGGCUGGCGUUUUCGGCGGUGUGCAUGUUUUUUAUGCUGUUGUGGAUUUGGCUGGACUUGUUUUGCACGUACUUUCAGAUCCCUUACAACGCCAUCACUAUGGGCAUCUUUGUGUGGAACUUUGGGGCGGUGGGUCUCGUCACCCUCUUUUACUACUCUCAUCCUACUGUGACGCAGGUGUAUUUGGUCAUUGCCUCCAUCUUGACUGCGUGGUCGCUGACGUCGCUGCCGGAAUGGUCGACAUGGGCACUGCUGAUCUGCAUCGCUACUUACGACAUAGUUGCCGUUCUCUGGCAGCAGGGGCCACUGCAUCGACUAAUCAAGAUAGCGCAGGAACGCGACGAGCCAAUUCCCGGCUUUAUCUACGACAGCGCACACCGCAUUGCUCCGAUUUCGCAACCCGCGACCGAGAACUCGGCGCAUGUGCGGCCAGUGUCGGCUGAGUCCCUCAUGGUGACGGCGCAGAACGCCGCGCCAUUCAAGCUGGGCCUUGGCGACUUUAUCUUUUACAGCCUGCUCGUCAGCCGUGCCUCACUUUCUGGUUUUGUGUCGUGGGGCUUCUGUGUAGUGAGUAUCCUGGUGGGUAUGGUGGGCACGCUGCUUUCCUUGUUGCUUUUCCGCAACUCGUUGCGCGCGCUGCCGGCACUGCCGUGCUCCAUUUUUCUCUCCAUUGUUGUCUUUGUUCUGUGCAGACUACUUGUGGGGUCGCUGAGUACCUUUGCGAGUCAUCACCUGCUGGUGCUCUAA